GACAAUUUAGUUCUAGAAUAUUAGAUGGAUUAAUGUUACAUAAUCAUAUUAUAAUUUUAAGAUUAAUGGAACAGUAUUAAGCACUGAAUGUUUGAUAGUAUUAAUGUGUUUUUUACCGCUGACAUUGCGUUGAUGUCAGUAUGACUUGACAAGUGUCCUCUGAGGUCAUAUGAUAGAAAUUUCCAUUCACUAUCAGAGAGAGCAGAGCAGUACUUUUUAUUUGUAUUAACAUCUUACAAACAUGAUAAGCCUUAUUAGCCAGUCAUUGAAGUUAUGUAAUUGGGAUUGCAAUGCAAAAAUUAUGUAAUAAUAAAUUUUAUUAAUAGAUCUUUAUAGUAAAAUAGACAAGGUAAGAAUGUUAUUGUCGAUUUAUUGUAAGAUGAAUUUUGUAAUUGCCAUUGAUAUUUUAUAUUGUAUACAUAAUUAUAACAGUUAAAUAUUUUUAUCUUAUCAAAUUUGUGGUUUAAUUGUUGUACCACUAAUCUUACGUCAUAAGCUAUGCGAUUAUUUAUUAGAAAAUCUUAAAAGAGGACAGAAACAUGCGGAAAACACAUGUGAUUGUUUAGAAACAAUGAUUAUACAUUAAUCUACUUUUUAUCAUGAAUACAGUAUCCCUCCCAAACAAACACUUUUGGAGUAGGGCAAUAUGUAUAUUAAUACUUGUCGCGAGACGCGACAUUGCAUUCCUUGAAGUGGUCAUCUCGUGUAAGAAAAGUUUAAAAUUCGUGAUUGAAAAUGGCUCCUCUGAAAUUUUUAACACCCGAGCAGAAGCAGUUCUGGCAGGAUAAUGGUUACAUAAAGUUAUCGAAUGUGUUCUCUUUGAAGGAGAUAAACGAAAUAUCAGACGCCUAUACUGAAUUGUUCGAGAGAAAAUAUCGGAUACAUCAGUCAGAGGGUCUGGAAGCACGCUGGUCUGGAGAAGAAAUGAAAAAAUUGGCUGGAGAUGUUGGAGAUUAUACUGUAAGGUCUAUUCACAAUCUACAAAUGCACAAUGCCGUUUUCACUCGAACUAUUAUGCACCCGAAUUUACUGGAUGCUCUUGAGGAUGUCAUGGACACCACGGACAUACUGCUGCAUCACACUAAAGCGCAUGUAAAGCCGCCGGAGAAGGGAGCGCCUUACUUAAUGCAUCAGGAUUAUCAUUACUUUCCCUUCAAGAAACACAGUAUGAUGGCUGUGUUUCUACAUUUGGACGACACAACACCAGAAAACGGUGGUUUGGCAGUAUAUCCUGGCAGCCAUAAACUGGGACCGUUGGAGGAUCACGCUCCCAAAGAAGCAGCAGACGGAAAGGGUGAACAAUUUCACUGGGUUGAUCCAAAAAAAUACCCUUUAUCCAAAGCUGUUCCCAUCUCUGCCAAAAAGGGUGAAGUUAUUAUCUUUUCGUAUCUGUUGCUUCACGGUUCGUAUCUGAACUUGUCGGACAGAAACCGACGCAUGUUUCUCAUACAAGUGAGGGCCGCUGAUGACGAGCCGGUCGAGGAUGUGCACAAUUCUCUCUGUCAGAACAUGGUUCUUCGCGGCAAAAAUGUUAACAGUGACGCAUCAUAUAUCAAUCGAUAUACACAUUAAUCUAACGUACUAUAAAUCUAAUAUAAGCCAACAUUUACUCUUUUUUAAAUCUGAAUGAAUGAAGAAUCCUUAAGAAUCUCUAGAAUGUAAAUCUGAUUGACAAAGAAUGUUUUUUAUUAAAUUUGGCUAUGUAAACCUA